AUGACGACUUGGAGGCAGUACGGGCAUGAGAAGGACAUGUACGAGAAGUGCGUGCGUGCGGAUGAGCAGGGCUUGGCGCGGCCGAAGGACAAGUUUGCUCGGACUCGGAGAGACAAGAAGGAAGACGCUCAGGCUGCCGCUGCGGAGAAUGCGGGAGGAGGAGUUGAGCGGACCAACGUCCCGCCUCGCUACCCUGCUUGCGAAUGCCCAAGGUGUGUCUGGCAGGCAAGGGAAGCGCUUCAAGAGCCCACUUGCGUCCCUGACAGCAAAGAACUGCGAGACUUCGUCGCGCGAUACGGGCUUCGAAUCGACUCGUGCUGGAGUGAAUAUGGCGACUUGGCAAGCGUGUGUCGUCUGUACAAGGCGUCGCCGCAGAAGGGAGGGGUGAAUGAGGUCGACCUUGAGGAGGGAAGCAGUCGGGUCGGCUGGGUGUUUGGAUCGUGCGAUAUCGACAUGUCUGUCGAGGUCUAUUCAAAGCCGGUCAAUCUGCAGGCGGUGUUGGAGAAGUGGGCGAAACGAGCGGAGGAACAGCCGCUGAAGGAGUUGUGCGAGGACUGGGACCUUGUCUUCGAGGACAAGACGGUGGACGAGGGUGCCGACAUCAGCCCGAAGGUCUACGUCUAUGCACACGAGUACAACUCGUCUUACUAG